UGUAUAGGAUCGAUAUCUUAGUGCAGUCUCCACCGUUCACCUUCUCGCCAUUCCCCUCCGUCUCUCUCCUCCCAUUCCUUUCAUAUCUCACACAGCGACGACGAUAGACCAUGGCUUCUCGACGGGGAAGUUCCAGUGUUACCCUGCCCACCGGCCAUACAUUAGCCUAUACUCGCACGAGCGAGGUGGAUGAUCUCCCCCAUGCAACCAAGAAUUUCAGAUUCGUUAUGAUAGGAAGAUGGCGGACCAUCUCAGGAGGUUCGAGACAAUGUUCACCAUGACACCUCAACGAAUGAGGAUGAUUGUGGAGGCAUUCAAGGAUUCUCUGGAACUCGGCCUGUCGAAGUCUGGUCAAGUUGUUCCCAUGAUUCCGACGUAUGUCUUCGGCUGGCCGUCAGGUGAGGAAACAGGAGAGUUCCUGGCAGUAGAUCUCGGCGGUACAAACCUUCGAGUUUGUCUCGUGAAAUUGAACGGCGGCGGCAAAUUCGAGAUCACGCAGGCAAAGUACCGGCUUACAGAGGAGCAGAAACAGGAAGAUGGCGAGAAACUCUUUGACUUUUGUGGCAAAUGCCUGAAGGCGUUCACGGACUCAAUAGUUGAGAGCGGCGAACUAUCUAAAGAUCGGAUACUUCCUCUUGGCUUCACGUUUUCAUAUCCUUGCUCGCAAGAAAAGAUCGACCAUGGUACUCUCAUUAGAUGGACAAAGGGCUUCGGUGCGCCGAAUACCGAAGGCCGGGAUGUUGUCGAGAUGUUCAGGAACAGUCUCUCACAACACGAUGUUCCAGCUGAAGUCGUAGCUCUCACCUGUGAUACAACAGGAACACUCAUCGCAUCGCACUAUGUAAAUCCAGAUACCAAGAUCGCAUGUAUCUUUGGGACUGGUUGCAAUGCCGCAUACAUGGAGCGAGUUCGUGAUAUACCCAAGAUUGCGCAUUUGGGUAUCGACCCGGAAGCGGAGAUGGCUAUCAAUUGCGAAUGGGGUGCCUUUGAUUCGUUUGAACAUGAACACCUGCCGAGAACAAAAUAUGACAUCACCAUUGACGAGACUUCAAAUAAACCCGGCGAACAGGCGUUCGAGAAACUCAUCUCUGGUCGUUAUCUCGGCGAGAUUCUUCGAUUAAUUAUUUGCGAACUCAUAGACGAAGGUGUCGUCUUCUUGGGCCAAAACACUUAUAAAAUCGAAAUCCCUUACAGCUUUGAUACCGCCUUCCUCUCGCUAAUGGAGAGCGACCCAACCGAUGAACUGCUGAUGGUCAUUGGAAUCUUCUCUCACUUCUUCGCUCUUGAGACAACACUCGCCGAACGUCAAUUCUUCCGUGCACUUGCGAGACUGGUAGGUCGACGGGCAGCAAGGCUAAGUGCGUGCGGUAUCGCCGCCAUCGUCAGCAAGAUGGGUUACCUUGAAGAAGGUUGCUCUGUCGGCGCGGACGGUUCACUGUACAAUAAAUACCCUGGUUUUGCUGAUAGAAUACACGAAGGCUUGCAGGACAUCUUCGGAGAGAAGGGGCGGAACAUUGUCACCCAUCACGCAGAGGACGGAAGUGGCAUUGGUAGCGCCAUUGUUGCAGCUAUGACCAAACUGCGCAAAGACCAGGGACUCUACAGCAACCUGUAGUGAGGCCUCUGCUCUAUUGACGCUAUUCCCCGGCUUGUCUGCAGGUCCAUAAGAUAUAAACCCAUAUAUGACUUCCUUUCUGCCGCCUCAUUGUAUCUUUUUUUCCCUUCAUAUUUGUACAUCCAGUCUUCGCAUUCUGUUUAAGGUCCGUGUGGUCUCGGGAGCGUUCCUCUUUCGUUGUAGCUCACUUCUUUCACUGCAUAUUGUUAACCAUUUUAACUACCAUAGAUGAGUUUCGUUUGUAACGUGCUCCUUACUUCUCAGAUAUCACAAGAUAAGACAAGAUUCACCUCAGUGGACCAACAAACGUAGUUAAGUACUUUUGAGCUGUCGUGAAAGUGAACAUUAGUUUGAAGACACCACACUGCGAUCCCCCUGAUUGGCUUUCCAAACCUCGACACCUCCCUCGCCUCCAAUAACAGCCACACCAUUGCCCCAAUCCAAACUCAAGACCUUGCCGCCACCUUUGGCUUCCCAAACCUUGAAGCUCGUCACCGCACCCUUGGUGCUUCUCAAAUCCCACAAUCUCACUACACCGUCGUAAGCACCAGUCAUGAACUGAUGUUCUGACCCGCUAGCCGGGACGGCGAUGCAGGAAGGCGUGCCGGAGUGCAUGAACGUCGCAGAGGAGGGUGUGGCCGCGGACUCUGGUGCACGAAUGUCAUAUUGGGAGACAGUGCGGUCGGUUGAGGCCGCCAGUACGCUUGUUCCCGAAGGAGUGAGCGCAAGGUCUAGGAAAGGUUUCGCAGAAGCGGUCUACGAAAGUAAAAAUUAGCCAAUCCGGCAAUCCAAUCAGAAACAAAAAUAAAACGUACAAUUGUGCUCAAACAUACACCGUUCUCAACAUCCCAUGUCCGAAUAGUCGAAUCAAAACCAGUACUAUACGCCUG